AUGGACAAGAAAAUCACGUUCCGAUGGUACUUUGGAGGACUGGCUUCUGCUGGAGCCACUUGUCUGACCCAUCCACUGGAUCUGAUCAAGGUCCAUCUUCAGACUCAGCACAAAGCGAAUAUUGGCUUUGCUGGCAUGGCAGUGAGAGUGAUUAGCGUCAGUGGCUUUAUGGCACUUUAUAGUGGGAUCUCUGCCUCCCUCUGUAGACAGCUGACCUAUUCUGUGACUCGCUUUGCCAUUUAUCACUCACUGAAGGACCAUAUGACACGUGGCCAGAAGAUUCACCUACCCUUCUAUCAGAAGGUAUAUAUGGCAGCCCUUGGAGGUUCCAUUGGAGGGUUUGUGGGGAGCCCAGCAGAAAUGGUGAAUGUUAGGAUGCAGAAUGAUGUGAAGAUGCCACUGCACCUGAGGAGGAACUAUUCUCAUGUGCUGGACGGGAUGACUCGUAUAAUUCGGGAAGAGGGGUUUUCUACGUUAUUCUCUGGGGCUACCCUGUCAUCAGGUCGAGGGGCUUUGAUGACGGUGGGACAGGCAUCCUGCUAUGAUCAAAUCAAGCAACUGGUGCUCUCUUCGAAUAGCUCCUCAGACAGUCUCAGCACCCAUGUUAUGGCCAGUUUCAUUGCUGGUUUAUGUGCCACCUUGCUAUGUCAACCCUUGGAUGUACUCAAGACUCGAAUGAUGAAUGCCCAGGAUUAUGAUGGUAUCAUUCAUUGUGCAUCAGAGACAGCCAAAUUGGGACCUCUGGCUUUUUACAAGGGUACAUUCCCUGCUGCUAUCCGCCUGAUACCACAUACCAUUCUAACCUUUGUCUUCUUGGAGCAACUUCGAUUAAACUUCGGAAUCCCAGUGAAAAGUGACUUGGGUCAAGAUUGAGGUCCAGAAGAGCCUUUGGACCUAAGUCUGCUGAAGAUGUCCAUCAAAAAAACCAAGAGUGGCCCCCAGAUACCUCUGACUUUGCCAUUUCAGGAUAAAAAGAAGCUCAUUGACCUGGCAUGAUUUCCCACGCCUUGGCUUGUGCACUUCAUUGGUGUACAAGUACACUUAUAGCCUCUUAGGGGAAUCUAUGGUGUCCAUUGAUCCUUCUCUUCCCCCCCCCCCACCUACUUACCUUAGUGCAACACUCUACCCAGGUGGGCCUUUUUUCUUUGUGGCCUUUGUAGCCUUGGUUCCUUGUAACCUGCAGUGGCUGUGCUGCAGAGAGCAAUAU